GACUGUGCCUUUAAGAAGCAGCCAGGCAGCGCAUGUUGGUUUUAUUCCUCGGUGCACCUUCUGCUCCAUCACCAGACGAUGCAGCCCGGCAACUUCUCAGCACCGGACCUGCAGCACAAAUGAGACACUGUCAUCAUCAUCACCAUCAACAACAACAACAACGGUCAGCUUCAUUGUGAGGUAAUGGAUCCAGUGUGACUGUUUCAUUGCCAUCCUGCCCAGCUGGCCUGUCUAUCUCUGUAGCUAUGGCAACUUGUCCGAGAGGCUGCACCCCAGCGGUGCGCCUUUGUCAGAAACUGAACCGACUCAAGACACUAGAAGAUGACAUGAUGGCCACGUCGCUGAAACGUUGCCUCUCCACCCUGGACCUGACUCUGUUGGGAGUUGGUGGCAUGGUGGGCUCUGGCCUUUAUGUCCUGACAGGAACAGUGGCUAAAGACUUGGUUGGGCCUGCUGUCAUCAUAUCCUUCCUUUUUGCAGGUAUUGCUUCUCUACUGGCCGCCUUUUGUUAUGCAGAGUUUGGAGCACGCAUUCCCAAAACAGGAUCUGCAUACAUGUUUACCUAUGUCUCUGUGGGAGAGGUCUGGGCCUUUCUCAUUGGUUGGAAUGUGAUUCUGGAGAACAUGAUUGGUGGCGCUGCAGUGGCACGUGCUUGGAGCGGUUAUCUGGACUCCAUUUUCAACCAUGCCAUCCAGAACUUCACGGAGACACACAUUAUGCAGUGGAACGUGCCCUUCCUUGCCCAUUACCCUGACCUCCUUGCAGCAGGGAUUCUAAUAGUUGCCUCGUUCUUCAUUUCCUUUGGAGUUCAAGUGUCUUCUUACCUCAACCAUAUCUUUUCCACUAUCAGCAUGGGUGUCAUCAUCUUCAUCCUGGUAUUUGGCUUUAUACUGGCUGAGCCAGCCAACUGGAGCCAGAAAGAGGGAGGUUUUGCGCCUUUCGGGCUAUCUGGAAUAUUGGCAGGGUCAGCCACAUGCUUCUACGCAUUUGUGGGCUUUGAUGUGAUUGCAUCCUCAAGUGAGGAGGCGAAGAACCCACAGAAAGCUGUUCCCAUUGCCACUGCGAUCUCCCUUGGACUUGCAGCCACAGCUUACAUCCUGGUCUCCACAGUGCUCACGCUAAUGGUACCCUGGCAUUCACUGGACCCCAACUCAGCUCUGGCAGAUGCUUUUUUCCGCCGGGGUUACAGUUGGGCCGGAAUAGUUGUCGCAGUGGGAUCCAUUUGCGCCAUGAACACUGUGCUGCUCUGUAAUCUCUUCUCCCUCCCUCGGAUCGUCUAUGCCAUGGCGGAGGAUGGGUUGUUCUUCUCCAUUUUCGCACGGGUCAACCCCGUCACCAAAGUCCCCGUCAAUGCUAUAUUGGUGUUUGGGAUCCUAAUGGCCACCAUGGCUCUCAUCUUUGACCUUGAGGCCCUGGUUCAGUUCUUGUCCAUUGGCACACUCCUGGCAUACACCUUUGUGGCAGCAAGUAUUAUUGUGCUGCGCUUCCAGCCUGAAAAAAACAACUCCAAGGGAAGCACUUCCACAACCCCCAAUCCAAACGCUGAGCCUUCCCCUGCUCCCUCAGAGUCUCAGACCAUAACAGAGGACAGUGGGGAGCUGAAGCAGUAUGAAUCCUUCUCUGACAAACUCCAGUUGGUGGAGAGGCAGGCAACAAGAGAGCGGCGUGGGGUUGGGCAGCUGAAGGCCUACUGCGAACCGUACCUGGGCAGGCUGCUGGGGGACUGUGAGCCAGGCGAGGUGGUGGCCUUCUGCGUGCUGAUUCUGAUAGUGAGCUCAGUCUCCUUGUGUGCCGUGCUCGAAUUUGGAACCAAACAGCUGCAGCUGCCACUCUGGAGCUUCACAAUGCUGCUGGUGAUUUUUAGCUUGGCGUAUGUCCUCAGCCUGGCAAUCAUAUGGAUUCACGAGCCACAAACUGAGAGCAAAACAUUCCAGGUACCUUUGGUUCCAUUGACUCCAGCUGCCAGUAUCCUCAUUAAUGUAUUCCUCAUGAUGAAGCUCAGCCCUCUAACCUGGAUUCGAUUCACCGUAUGGAUUGCAGUAGGUCUCCUUGUGUAUUUUGGCUAUGGAAUCUGGCACAGCAAGGAGGGCAUGCGGGAGCUGCAGCCCACAGACAUGGCUGCCCGGUAUGUGGUGUUACCCAGCGGCAGCCUGGUAGAAACAGUGCAGUCUGUCCAGCCUGAUGGACAGGUGGACAGCUCGACGCACCACGUCACGCCCUCCACUGCCUCGACAGCUGAAGAGAGCACAGGAAAGAGAUGAUGUGUGACCAAACACAGUUAUUACUACUGCCUGGUAUUGUCUGUUGUCUCCCACUCAUACGCUUUAUUAUUACUAGUGUCCUCUCUGUGUCUCACUUCCUUUAGCGUGUGACUGGCCUGCCACAGUCUGUACUCGUUGCUCUGCAAAUGUAAGCACACCACAGGAUGGGAUGCACGCUCUCGUCUCGUUGUGAAACAUAUUUGUAUAUCUUGUAAUACUCGAAUGUACAAUAGAGAGCUUUAUUACUGUCUGGUAAAAUCCUAGCAUCAAAGUUGUUUUAAAUCCUUUAAGACCAGCUCCUCUCUUGCAACCUUGCCAGUUUGUCAGAAUUCAAGUGGUUAUAGGUUAUAUAUGGUGCUUUCUUUGUGACACACUUUUAGUUAAGUAUACUCAGCAAAUGACUUUUAUAUGCUAUCACGGAUCAAAAAUCAACAGUCACCAAAACCUUGCUCUUUUUUUCCAUCAUUUUGAGCAUAUUAGCAAUCAUAUGUUGUUGUUUUUUUUAUUUCACGAAGCAGAGGAAUGCACAGGUUUUUGUGAGUUCACAUUUUCUUUUUUUUUCUCAUAUUCUUCUCUCCAAAGCCUCAGGAGAAACUACAAACUUUUUGGAUCCUCUUAGUCCAUCACCUCCUUUAGGUACUCAUAGACUGCACUAAAUAUAGUAGUUUCUGGGGAAUUAUUUAAUCCCUUAUUCUAAGAUAUGUCUUUAUUUUUCUAGUAUUACCAUUGAUAUUUUGCUUUUAUCGAGAUUUCUGAGUUUCCUGUUUCUGCCUCUGUGUCACAGUAUCAGUGUUAUAUAUAUUUUGCAUGUACCUCUAUUAGUCUCCAAUCUGUGUUCACCUUUUAAGUGGCUGAUAACACUCCAGUGCUUCAUUUAAUCCUCUGAAUCUCAUCCCAUGACCCUGUUCUUUUUUUGUGUCACUGAUUUCGCUCUUGUGCAGUCUUUUCUCACGCAUACUGAGACAGCAGACCUUUACCCUUCCUCCCUGUUGGUAUGAGAUUAGAAAUGAGAGCACAUUUCAUAUCGAAUUUUAUCAUGAUUUCCUGAGAUAAAUUUAGAGAUUAUUGGAUAUAUAAAUAUAUAUAUAUGGCAAGCACAAACCUUCUGAAUGGGAAUCUUCACACACAGGGUAGAAUAUUGGCCGGCAGGGCAGUCUCUGGUUGUUCUGUUAAACCUGGGCUGUGCUCCAUCUUUCUGAGGCCUCCGUAAUCCCAACAGAUUUGCAUUAGUCCCUGUCGCCAGUCUGCAGUUUGACCUAGAUUAGAGAAAGGCACACAUGUGAGCACACUCCUAUUAUACAGAUAACAUUCCCACAGACUACAUUUGUAAACAACAGUGUCAAUAAGUGAACGUGAGGCUUUAUUUUUUUUUACAUAAUGUAUUUAAAACGAUCCCAAUGAUUUUUAAAAUUCAUUUGUUUAUGUUUGCAUGUGUUACAUAAGAAACCGAUGGCCUUAAAUGUUUCUGAUCCACAGAUUUAGUAGUUAAAUUUAUUUGUCUGUUUGAUAAAGAAAAAACACUUACAUGCAACUCCUAAUUAUUAAACCAAAACACAAAUUAUGGAAGAGAAUGUAGAGUAGGAGGCAUUCUGGCAUAUGGUAACAUCAGAUAUAUAUAUUUUUUUUUUUUUUACAAUUUUGCACACUGAAAACUAUUGUCUCAAAAUUUUCUGUUUCACAGUUAUGCUUUGGAUGUCAGGGCCAGUGACAGAUGUCGAUACUGUGGUGCUUUUCUAAGCUCAACGUUCUCUCACCUCUUUCUCUGUAUUUUUUUGUGCCAGGAAGCACAGUGAAAGGAUCCAAUUUGUUUCUCACUUCUGAAUAUUAUCGUACUCUGUACUUGCACAUUAAGUUCUGGAAUCUUUCUGUUAUAGUGUAUGUAUUAAAUGCAAACGACUGUGUUAUAAAUUAAAAAUAAAUGUUUUGAA